AUGUCUUUGUGGGUUGAUAAGUAUAGACCAAAGACUCUACAGUCAUUAAGUUACAAUGAAGAAUUAACAAAUCAAUUGUACUCAUUAACGAGACAACCUCAAGAUCUUCCACAUCUGUUGUUCUAUGGACCCAAUGGUGCUGGUAAGAAGACUAGAUGUAUGGCACUGUUGCAAGAAAUAUUUGGUUCUGGGGUUUACAAGCUGAAGAUCGACGUUAGACAGUUCGUCACACCAUCCAACCGUAAGCUGGAGUUGAAUGUAGUCAGUAGUCCCUACCAUUUAGAGAUUACUCCGAGCGAUAUUGGUAACAACGAUCGUGUUGUGAUACAAGAAUUGAUUAAGGAAGUCGCUCAAAUGGAACAAGUAGAUUUCCAGGACUCCAAGGAUGGUUUGGCACAUCGUUACAAGUGCGUUAUCAUCAACGAGGCAGACUCGUUGACUAGAGAUGCCCAGGCAGCAUUAAGAAGAACUAUGGAAAAAUACUCUGGUAACAUCAGGCUUAUAAUGCUAUGUGAUUCAAUGUCCAGUAUCAUUGCUCCUAUCAAGUCUCGUUGCUUGCUAGUUAGAGUACCAUCACCAAGUUUGCAAGAAACUGUGUCUAUCCUGCAGGAUUGUUGUUCCAAAGAAAAAAUAACUGCCGAGGGCAAUUGUCUAGAGAGGAUAGCGAAUCUGUCAAAGGGGAACUUGAGAAUGUCACUCUUAGCACUAGAAUCUACCUCACUACAAAAUGAAUUGCAUUUAAGAAACGAUACACCUUUGAACAGACCUGAUUGGCAAUUGGUGAUCCAUAAAAUGGCUAGGAAAAUAUUAAAAGAAAGAACUGUUAAUAACCUUGUAGAAUGCCGUUCCAUAAAUUAUGAUCUAUUAGCCCAUUGUAUUCCUGCCAAAACCAUAGUCCAUGAAUUAACGACGCAAUUGCUUUCAGAUGCCCAGUCAGAUCCGUUGAAGUUGGCAAUUAUCGAUACUGCAUGCACUUUUGAUCACCGUCUCAACCUUGGAAACAAAGCAAUCUACCAUUUAGAAGGGUUCAUUGCAAGGACAAUGUGUGAAAUAGAUAAAUAUACGUAA